CCUACAGGCCAUCUUCACCUACUGGAUGACCUCCAACCUGUUCUCGCUCGCCCAGGUGGUGCUGUUGCGGGUGCCCGCCGUCCGCACCCGCCUGCGCAUCCCAGAGCGGGUGCAACACGACCCCUCGGUCCUGCCGCCGCAGGAAGGCUUUUUGAAGAGCCUCAGGAAAGGGUGGAAGAACGCGCAGCUGGUUCACCAGGUGGAAGAGAGAGAACGGCGCAUGAAGAACCACUUGGAGUUGGCAGCAAAGGGGCCGUUGCGCCAGACCUUUUCCCACAAUCCUUUGCAGCAGCAUGCGCCCCCCCAAACGAAACCCCCACCACGAAAGAGACCCUGGGAAGAUAC